AUGGACUCAAAUUCUCAGCAAAAAGCAAAAAUUACUAGAGAAGACUUUGAAACUAUCGGAACUCUUGGCCAUGGAGCAUUUGGAUUAGUGGAGCACGUAAGAAAAAAAGACACAAACAAAGAAUACGCAAUUAAAACUAUUGAAAAAAUCCAUCUCAAAAAAGAAGGUAAAACAGAGCAAGCCAUGAGAGAAAAAGACAUGCUGACUAAAAGUCGCCUCCACCCAGGUGUAGUCAAGCUUAAUUAUAAUUAAUAUUAGAUUAGGUAUUUACAGUGUCUAUCUUCAUACAGCCAUUAAGAUCUUAAGCCAAACUAGAGGCAUCAAGGAUAAUUCUGUAACUUAAAAUAUCAGGCCAAAUUGUUAAACAUUCCAUCUGUACAAUCAUUAAAUAUACAUUGCCUCUUACUUUGUGCCUUACCGUUUGUGUGUAACUUUGAUCCUGCGCAUGUUCAGCCUAAAGCUAUUCUUCCUUACUCCCUUCCAUCCGUGAGCAAACAAAGAAAUUUGUUCGCUCAUGGAUGGGUGAGUUAAGUGCUCGAGAGAGAAAUCCUAUGUCUUCUAAACUUAGGCUAGGGGGUAUAUUUCUCUGCGAAAUUUUCACAUCCAUCUCAAUUUUAUUAUCAUUUCAACCUUAACUACACUUUCCAAGACAAAAAUUAUUUAUAUUUUGUUAUGGAAUACUGCCCCUAUGGAGAUCUAAACCAAUGCAUUGAAAGGUAUGCUCAAUCACUUCCUUAUGAGCUUGCAAGAUUUUAUGCUGCUGAGCUUGUCAAUAUUCUUGAAUUCAUGAGGUCAAAAAAUAUCAUUCACAGAGACAUGAAACCUCAAAAUAUUUUGAUUUCGUCUGACCACCAUCUCAAAUUAACAGAUUUCGGAAGUGCGAAGAUCUAUGAUGAUGACACAAGAGGAAGGAGCAACACUUUUGUAGGGACAGCUGACUACGUAUCCCCUGAAAUGCUUGAUGAAGGGCCUGUGUCUUUUGCUUGUGAUUUAUGAGCCUUUGCAUGCAUUUUGUAUCAAAUGUAUGUAGGAAGGCCGCCGUUUUCCUCAGAAAAUCAAUAUUUGACUUUUGAAAGAAUUCGAGCUGGAAAUGUGGUAUAUCCUGACCAUAUGACUCCACAAGCUGUUGAUUUGAUUAGAAGGAUACUUCAAACCCAGCCAGAGAAUAGGCUUGGAUUUAAUGAUAUAAGUGAGGUAAAAUCACAUGCUUUUUUUAGAGGAAUUGACAUUGAUAAUGUGUAUUCUUUAUCAUAUCCAGAGAAAUAAAAUGGUAUCAUUGAUGGAAGAUAGACACUCAGAAGCAUAUUAUCUGUGAUCAUCUAGAAAACACUGAAAUUAGGUGCCUUAGUUUUUAAAGCAGUCCUUGGGUUUUGAAACCUUGCUGAAGAGAGAAGUUCUUUUAUUCCUCCCCCAAAGUUUUUUAAUCUAUGCUGAUGACCUUGGGUUAGAUAAAUUUUGCAUAAAAAUCAAGAAAGUUGCACUUUGGUUGUGCGUAACUCGAAGCUAGAUAUAUGCAUCCAGCAUAGGCCGCUUAUUCUGGAGACGAGAUAAUGCGGCUAGUGGAUCAUUCUACUUAAGCCGUACAAUCUUUUAAUCUUGAUCUUAUCAUGUCCAACUAUCCAAGAAGUAGUUGAGCAUCCUCUCGAUCACAGCACAAAUAUUAUCAAAAGUGGCAUUGUUAAGAAAAAAGCUGGCUGAAUUUUUAGAAAAAGGCUCCUCGUUAUAACUGAACAACCGAGCAUUGCUUAUUAUGAGCCAAAUGGUGAAUUUAAAAGAGGAGAAUUGGCUCUAAAUGCAGAGACCCGAAGCGAGGUGCAUGGAAGAAAUAAAUUUCUUAUUACAACUACUGAAAGACCAUACAUUUUUGAAGACGAAGAGGCUGAAGUGUGGGUCGAUACAAUAAAUAGACUCAUUCAAAGAUUUUUUGGCUAA